GCUUCCUCCCCCCGCCCAAGCAGCUGGGGGGGGGGAGCCCCCGUCUCCCCUAGCCCCCGGCCAGCAGGUGAGGGUGAGACAGAGAUUGGUGAAGAUGGACGCCCCCAGAGGACUGUGGGAAGCGUGGAAGCUGCACCCCAAUCCUGCCCUCCAAGAGGAGGACCAGGAGCCCCACAUGCUACAAGAUCUCACACAUCCCCAGGGGUCUCUGCCUAGCUCGGAGAGGCGUGAGCGGCAGCGGGGCAGGGCUGACCCGCCCUGGGAGCCUGGCAUCCAGGCGCCAGUGACGUUCGAAGAGGUGGCCGUGUAUUUCACCGAGGAGGAGUGGCGUCUCCUGGACGAAGGGCAGAGGCGGCUCUACAGGGAUGUCAUGCUGGAGAACUACACCAACGUCAGCUUCCUGGUCCCUCCGGUCUGGUCUGGAGUCUCACUUGAUCUUCUCCCCCGGCUGGCAGGAUUCCCGGUCCCCAAACCGGCCGUGAUCUCCCGGAUGGAGCGAGGGGAGGCGCCGUGCGUCCCGGAUUUCCAAGGCUCUGAGGGGAGGGAGAUCCCAGCAGGUGCCGGGACGGGGAGUGAGAAUCCCCAGCAGAGAGUGUAUCUGUGCGGGACUUUCCCCUGGAGAUCCCAAGAGGACGGAUCCCAGAAUCCUUCGGGAGCAGCUCAGUGCAGGGUGUUCCCACAGGGAUCCCAAGAGGACGGAUCCCAGAAUCCUUUGGGAGCGGAUCUGUGCGGGCCGUUUUCAGGGCGAUCCAAAGAGGACAUAUCCCAGCAUCCCUUGAGAGGGGAUCCACACAGGCCGUCCUCCACCCCGCGGCCCAGAGGGGCCCGUCCAGGGGCAGGAGCAGGGGGCCGGCUGGGGCUGCCCGGGGCCCCCCGACGCGGGGAGCGGCCCACCAUCUGCGGCGAGUGCGGGAAGGGCUUCCUGCAGAACUCGGAUCUGGUGAAGCACCUUCGCACCCACACGGGCGAGCGGCCCUACAAGUGCGCCCAGUGCGGGAAAAGCUUCACCCAGAGCUCGGCCCUGACCCAGCACCGCCGCACCCACACGGGCGAGCGCCCCUACCCCUGCUCCCAGUGCGGGAAGUGCUUCACCGAGAGCUCCACCCUGGCCCAGCAUCGGCGCAUCCACACCGGCGAACGGCCCUACCGCUGCCACCAAUGCGGCAAAGCCUUCAGCCUCAGCUCCACCCUGAAGAAGCACCAGCGCACCCACACCGGCGAGCGGCCCUACAUGUGCGAGGCGUGCGGGAAGAGCUUCGGGGAGAGCUCCCACCUGGCCAACCACCAGCGCGUCCACACCGGGGAGCGGCCCUACCGGUGCAAGGAGUGCGGCCGAGGCUUCAACCACACCUCCACCCUCUUCAAGCACCAGCGCACGCACACGGGCGAGCGGCCCUACCGCUGCGGGGACUGCGGCAAGGCCUUCAGCUGGACCACGGCCCUCAAGCAGCACCAGCGGAUCCACACGGGUGCCAAGCCGUACCGGUGCGGGGAGUGCGGCAAGACCUUCAGCUGGAGCUCCACCCUCAACCAGCACCGGCAGGUGCACUCCGGGGAGAAGCCCCACGUCUGCCCCGAGUGCGGCCGCGCCUUCGCCCGCAGCUCCCACCUGGCACAGCACCGGCUGGUGCACUCCGGGGAGAAGCCAUUCAAAUGCGGGCAGUGCCAGCGGAGCUUCAUCCAGAACGCCCACCUGGUGUCCCACCGCCGGCUGCACGCCGCCCCCGCCGGGACGCCCCACGGCAUGGAGGAGGGCCCUGGGGACCGGGGCCUGGUUCAGCUCCCCCCCGAAGGAAGCGGGGACGGGAGAGCAAAGGGACCUUCCUGUUCCCCGCUCCUCGCCCCAGCCCCUGGGCUCGGCGGGGGGCUCCCUGGGCCCCGGGGGCCGGAUCGGGCCCCCCUGGGGUGGGGAAAAUCGCCCCCACCCCCCGCGCUGAUCGGCGUUGGCCUAUGGCCGACCCCCGGAGCCAUGGAGCCCGUCCCGCAGCGCUGGGAGGCGGUGAGCAUCAAAGUGGAGGGAGAAGAGCCGAGUGCCACCAGGGAGGCCCAGCAGGGGGUGCUGGCUCUGAGCCCGUACCCUGGGGCUGCAUGCCCACUGGGCUGGGCUCUGAAAGAGGAGCCAGAGUUCCAGCAGGGAAUGGGUGAUGGUGAAAGCCUGGGAUUGGAUCCGGCACAGAAAGAUCUGGAGAAGGCUGAACUGCACCAGCUCUUACCGAUAGCGGACGUCCCCCAAGUAGAGCUGGGUGGGGUGCUGUCUGGAGGACCUGAAGGAACCCUUCCCCAAGCGGAUCUGCUUAGGACGGUCUCUGGAAGAUCUGAAAGAGACGUUCCCCUACUGGAUCUGUGUGAGAUGUUCUCUGGAGGAUCUGACGGGGAUGUUCCCCAUAUUGAUCUGCUUGGGGUACCCUCAGGAGAACCUGCAGGGGAUGUUUCCCAGGUGGAUCUGCAUGGGAUGCCCUCAGGAGGAUCUGAAGAGGAUGUUCCCCAUAUUGAUCUGCGUGGGGUACCCUCAGGAGAACCUGCAGGGGAUGUUUCCCAGGUGGAUCUGCAUGGGAUGCCCUCAGGAGGAUCUGAAGAGGAUGUUCCCCAUAUUGAUCUGCGUGGGGUACCCUCAGGAGAACCUGCAGGGGACAUUCCCCAGGUGGAUCUGCAUGGGAUGCCCUCAGGAGGAUCUGAAGAGGAUGUUCCCCAAGCGGAUCUGCAGGGGACGUUCUCUGGAGGAUGGGAAGGGGUGGACAUGCAGCAGCGGGGGGACCCUCCAGUGAGGAGCCAGGGGAAGCCAGCCCAGCAUGGCAGCCUCCCGGCCCCGGCCCCGGAGAAACCUUACAAGUGCUCGGUGUGCGAUAAAAGCUUUGGGCAGAGCUCCCACCUCAUCCAGCACCAGGUGUCGCACACGGGCGAAAAGCCUUACAAAUGUCCCGAGUGUGGCAAAGGCUUCACCUGGAGCUCAGCACUGGCCCAGCACCGGCGCAUCCACCGCGGCGAGAGACCUUUCGUCUGCCCGGACUGCGGCAAAAGCUUCAGCCAGAGCUCCAACCUGAGCACCCACCGGCGCACCCACACGGGCGAGAAGCCGUUCGUCUGCCCGGACUGCGGGCGCGGCUUCAGCCAGAACUCCAACCUCGCGUCCCACCGGCGCACCCACACCGGCGAGCGCCACUACCGCUGCUACGACUGCGGGCGGGGCUUCUUGGAGCGGGCGGCGCUGGCUGAGCACCAGCAGGGCCAUGCCGGGCAUCGGCCCUACACCUGCGGGCAGUGCGGCAAAGCCUUCGGGCAGAGCGCCAAGCUGGCCCAGCACCAGCGCAUCCACACCGGCGAGCGGCCCUUCCGGUGCGAGGAGUGCGGCAAAGGCUUCAACGACGGCUCCUACCUGGUCAAGCACCGGCGGGUCCACACCGGCGAAAAGCGCUACCGCUGCCCAGUGUGUGGCAAAACCUUCAGCCAGACCUCUAACCUCAUCACCCACCAGACCACCCAUACUGGAGAAAAGCCUUUCCGGUGUGGGGACUGCGGGCGUAGCUUCAUCCGCCGGGCUCACCUGGCUGCCCAUCGGCGCACUCACACCGGUGAGCGGCCGUACCAGUGCGCCCAGUGCGGGAGGUGCUUCUCCCAGCGCUCCACCUAUGCCCAGCACCGCCGCACCCACACCGGCGAGCGGCCUUACUGCUGCCCCGACUGUGGCCGGGGAUUCAGCCAGAACUCCAACCUGGUGGCUCACCGGCGCAUCCACACCGGCGAACGGCCCUACCAGUGUGGCCAGUGCGGCCGGCGCUUUGUCCAGAGCUCUGCCUUCACCCAGCACCAGAAGACCCACAAGAAAGGGCAGGACUCCUGCCCGGCUGUGCACAGCGGCUGGGGCGGGGGCAGGGGGGGGCCGGUCCCCAGCACCGAAAUCCCCCUCCAAAGGGGGGGGGAGGGGAUUGCAAAGGGAGCCGGGGUGCCGGGGGCUGCGAUGGAGGAGUGGGCUCUGCUGGAUGAGAGGCAGAGGGAGCUCUACCGGGACGUCAUGCAGGAGAACUAUGGGGACGCCAUUUCACUGGGAUUUCCCGUCCCCAAACCGGCUGUGAUCUCCUGGAUGGAGCGCGAGGAAGAGCCAUGCGUCCCGGAUCUCCGGGGCUCCGAGGAACAGGAGAUCCCAGCAGGUGACGGGACGGCGAGCGACAACGAGGAAGAGGAGGUGGCAGAGCCUCCCCAGCAGGAGGAAGAGCCUCCGGGGCCGGAUGCCCCCAACCGCCCCGACUGGGCCGAAGCCUGCGAGAGCUUGUGCCGGCCCCCGCAGCGGGGGGGCCGCUGGGGCCCGUACGCCCGGCGGCGGCGGGUCAGCACUGCCCCCCGGGCCGAACCACGCUUCUUCGACUGCCCCGACUGCGGGAAACGCUUCACGCUCAGCUCCCACCUCAUCCGGCACCAGCGGGUGCACACGGGCGAGCGCCCCUUCGCCUGCGGGGUGUGCGGGAAGAGCUUCUCGCAGCGCUCGGACCUGGGCCGCCACCAGCGCACCCACACGGGCGAGAAGCUCUACCGCUGCACCCAGUGCCAGAAGAGCUUCAGCGAGAGCUCCCACCUCAUCCGCCACCAGAUCAUCCACUCCGGUGAGAAGCCCUUCAAGUGCAACGUCUGCGGCAAGAGUUACGGGGAUAGCUCCUACCUGGCCGUCCACCAGCGGGCCCACACCGGUGCCCGUCCCUACCGCUGCCCCCUCUGCGGCAAAAGCUUUGGACGCAGCUCCACCCUCAUCCGCCACCAGCGCGUCCACGCGGGCGAUGGGACGCCGGCGGAGGGCCAGCCCGCCCUGCCCGUGCCCCCGCCAGCCCCCCGGCCCAACGCCCGGCACCUCCGGAUAGUGGGGUGGCAGUGGGGGGUGGAGUGAAGGGGGCGGGGUGGG